AUGAGCGAGGAGGCACAAAAUGAUAGCAGCAAGAAGACUGCAUCCGUUGCCGAGUCGCAAGAGACAGAUUUGCAAGGAGCUGAGUGCAUACAAAGGCAACAAGAUGUUUCAACAAAUGUCUCACAGCUGCAGAUUGGUCAGAUGACGGCAAGUUCUGUGUCACACGCCGAGGGUAAAUGGACCUGUGACAUGUGUACAUAUGAGAACUUUCCCCUUUCAAGGAAGGUAAUUAUUUGUACAAUGUGUCGCUCCCCUAAACCGUCACUUGGUGAGGACAUAUUUAAGCUUCAGGACGGUGCUAGUGCCCUCCCAACUCAAGAUGCUUGUGGGGCGGAGGCAGUAGCAGAACGGUUGAAACCAUUAAGAAUAUCCUCACCCCAAGGCCAGCCCAGCGCUUCUACUGUCAAUAAGUGGGCAUGCUCAACGUGCACGUUCGAGAACUGGCCGCGCUCCCUGAAGUGCGCCAUGUGCGGCACCGCCCCCCACCACAACCAACACAACCAGCACAACCAGCCACAUUCGCAGCCCACAGGUAUAAACGAGAUCUGCAACAGCCAGAGCGCGGCGCCGCAAGAGGGCGAGGGCGCGCGGCGCUCGAAGCGGCGCAACAACCCCGACUGGCUGUGGCUGCAGGCGUGCCUCGGGGUGGUGGAGGGGUCGGCGCGCUGCGUGGAGGCGUACCUGGCCCAGGGCGGGUCGCCGGCGCGGGCGCUCACGGCGCACGAGGUGCAGCUGCUCAACCGCGCCUCGGCCUUCGACGUGGGACACACGCUCGUGCACCUCGCCAUCAGAUUCCAAAGGCAAGACAUAUUAUCCACGCUGCUGUCUCGAAUAUCCGGCGGUGGGCCCGGCCUCAAGCGGUCGCCGUCUUACAUAGCGCCCGACCUGGCGACGGCGAUCCGACGCCACGUGGCCGGCUGCGUGCGCACCAAGAAGGGCAACUUCCCCUGCCGCUACCUCAACGAGUUCUGCACCUUCUCCUUGCCAGCAGAAAUCGAAGAGCUGCCGGCCGCUAUCCAAGAGCAGCUUUUCUCGGAGCUUCUGGACCGUGAUGCGCAGCAGACCCUGGAAGCCGACCCUCCCCUCAUCAACUGGAGCCAUGAGCUGACCGUCAACUUAGGGUCGCGGCUGCACGCGCUGUGGAACCGGUCGGCGGGCGACUGCCUGCCGGACGCGGUGUGCCAGGCGGCGUACGGCGUGGCGGACCGCGGCAACGCGCUGCGCCAGGCGCUGGCCGCGUCGCUGCAGCACGCGCAGCGCGGCUUCUUCGAGCGCUGGGCGGCGAGCGAGCGCGCGCAGGCGGCGGCGCUGCACUACGCGCCCGACGAGGCGCAGCUGCGCGCCGAGUGGGCGCGCCUGGCGCAGGCGGCCGCAAGGCCCGGCGCGCCGCUGCGCCAGCUGCACGUGUUCGCGCUGGCGCACCUGCUGCGCCGCCCGCUGCUCGUCUACGGCGUCGACCUGGUGCGCUCCUUCCGCGGCGAGCCGCUCGGCUACGCGCGCUUCCGCGGCCUCUACCUGCCGCUGCUCUGGGAGCCCGACUUCUGCUCCAAGUCGCCGCUGUGCCUGGGCUACACGCGCGGCCACUUCUCCGCGCUGGUGCCCAUCGAGCCCUACCCGCAGCGCCACGCCUACAUCUGCAGGGAGCAGCAGGAGGAGGAAGGCGAGGAGUACACCUUCCUGCCGCUGACCGACGCCGACGGCAAGCUGCUGCCCGUCCACUUCCUCACGUGCGACGAGACGGCGACGGCGGAGGCGCUGGUGCGGCGCUACGUGUGCGCCAGCGCGGCGGGCGAGGGCGGCGCGCUGGUGGCGCGCCAGCGGCUGCACCCGCGCCCGCUGCUGCAGGCGCAGAUGCUCGAGGAGUGGCUCAACCACUACCGCCGCCUGGCGCAGCAGAGCCGCGGCCCCUUCCCGCCGCGGCUGCACGCCGACUUCUCCAGCGACCCCGGCAGCGACGACGAG